AGCAGCUAGCUAGAAUAAAAAAAAAAAGGUGCACUACCAAUUUUUUCCCAAUUAAAAGUUAGUGUUUUGUAAUUUUGAAAAUUGUCGCAGCAAUCUACAACCACAGUAGUUUUUAAGAUGUGGAAACCUAAUGAAGAUUUUGUUAGUAUUCUGCUUUCAAUGGGAAUUUCCAGGAAUGUUGCGGAAAGGGCAUUGCUCAACACAGGAAAUAGCUCGGCUGAAAUGGCAGCUGCAUGGGUUUUUGAUCAUCCUGAUAGAACAUUGCCUGAGCUUCCUCUCACUGCUGAUGAAAUUGCAAACCUCUCAGACUUACCACCCCAGGAAAACAUGAGCGAUGAGAAUUGUGGGGAAGAUGAGGAAGACGAUGUGCUGCCAGAAGCCUAUGAUGGCCCAUACAAAAUGGUUUUUGUUGUCAACACUGAAUUAGGAAUGGGAGUAGGGAAAAUUGCAGCACAAGUGGCACAUGCUGCUCUAGGGUUACACCGUGCGCUGAUUGACAAGGAAAUGGAAGAAAAUGAAGAAUGUGGGCCUUUGACUUGUUGGGAAGACUAUGAUGGAGAAAGAAAAAUUGCUCUGAAAGGUGAAAGCAAGGAACAUCUCCUUGAUCUAUUAAAGCAAGCAAAAGAAGCUGGCCUUUGUCACUACUUGGUGAGCGACGCAGGCCACACGCAAGUUGCACCAGGCUCAAAUACUGUGUUAUCCAUUUUUGGGAAAGAAUCUGAAGUUAACCAAAUUACUGGGAAACUGAAGUUGCUAUAGCAAGCAUUAAAACAUCUA